AGUUCAAGAGGGCCAUUAGCAUAGAGUGGCACCUAAUUGAGCAGUAGAAGGGAAAGCUCUUGCCACCUCCAAGACUAGGCCUCUGUCCACGUCUGCAAUUAGCAUAAUCCCUCAGCGGUGACGCUGUGUAUAGAGCAAUAACAACCGGUGAUUUGUGAUGUAAAAAGCAAAUGGGGAUUUUAGGUUUAAUUAUCUCAUCGACUUUUUUGCUGGCAAAUUCGGAGAUGCUGGCUGGGAUUUGUGCGAUUUCUGCUGCUGCAAAGCGUUGAGGAUCUGAGGCCAUUGUUAGCAGGGAGAGUAGGGCGGUGUAUAGGGCAGCCUUGAAGCUCAGCUUGUCCAGUGAAAGCCUGUGUGAUUAGCACGGAUCUGCUUCCAGCUCUGCCUUCCACAGGAGUCUUUUUCCCUUAUGGGCUCAUGCCCGGGUCCUGAUGCUUCUCGCCAGGCUGCCAGAGAGGACUCGCUGUCUAUUGAUUGCGCUGGAAGUCUGUAUAUAUGAUGUCUGCUAGUGGUUCGCUCUUCAGAGUCUGCUAAGGUAACCUUCAAUAAAGUACAAGGGAUAACAGUGCCAGGUGACAGUGGGGUGCCAAUGUUAUUCUGUAAGGGUGGGGACACCCUCCGAGUAGGUGACGAUUCGCUUUGGGGAUCCAGGAGAUGCAGAAAGCAUCCUACUAUGACAACCCCACGCUCUUUGGAGGCUACUCGUACCAGGCAGGCGGUCUGGGUUAUGAAGGGCCACAGCAAUCCUUUGCAACUUCAUCCCACCUGGACAAUGAAUUCCAGCGAUCUUCGUGUUCCUUACAAUCACUGGGACACAGUGGUCCACUGGCCAAGCCUAAAAACCUGAACGGGAGCUGUAUGCGUCCUAGCCUGUCUUCUGAUCAUCACCAGCCCUCCUCUCUCUCCCCCCCACAGCACCCCACUGCUGCCCCCAAUAACAACAGCAGCAGCAGCAGCGCCCAGUCUGGAGCCAACAAGACCUCUUCUGUAAAAACACAGGCCACAUCCAAUCCAUCCGGCAAACAAAUCUUCCCAUGGAUGAAAGAGUCCAGGCAAAACUCCAAACAGAAAUCCAGUCCCCCAGCCACAGCGGCGGAGAGCUGCAGUGGUGACAGGAGCCCCCCGGGUUCCUCUGCCUCCAAGAGAGCUCGCACGGCCUACACCAGUGCACAGCUUGUGGAGCUGGAGAAGGAGUUUCACUUUAACCGCUACCUGUGCCGACCCAGGAGGGUGGAAAUGGCAAAUCUGCUCAAUCUCAGUGAGAGGCAAAUCAAGAUCUGGUUCCAGAAUCGAAGGAUGAAGUACAAGAAAGAUCAAAAGGUAAAAGGGAUGUCAUCAUCCUCCGGAGGACCUUCGCCAACGAGCACUCCGCCCCUGAGCAUGCAGUCUUCUGCAGGCUUCCUGGGAUCCAUGCAUUCAAUGACUGCUAAUUAUGAGGCACCUUCAUCACCUCCCUUUAAUAAUAAAUCCCACCAGAAUGCCUACUACCAGACCCCUCCAAAAGGUUGUCCUUCCCAACAGAAGUAUGGAAAUACUGUCCCAGAUUAUGACCACCAUGGUUUACAAGGGAAUGGGGGCAGCUACGUCUCUCCCAGUCUGCAAGGGAGCCCAGUGUAUGUUGGGGGGAACUAUGUGGAUUCUGUGCCAGCACAAGGGCCUUCUUUGUAUGGUCUUAACCACCUUGCACACCAGCCCAACAACAUGGACUACAGUGGCGCCCCUUCCAUGCCAACAAGCCAGCAUCAUGCACCUUGUGAACCCCACCCAACCUAUACAGAGCUCUCCUCGCAUCAUCAGGGAAGGAUCCAGGAAGCCCCUAAAUUGACCCAUUUGUGACUACAUAGUGAAUAAAAAAUAAAUCAUAAACUUGGCAAACUGCAGGGGGCGCUGAGCCAAGUUACCGCCUCGGGAACAAUAAGAAACAUUUGUGUUGAUCUAUUAUUAUUAUUGUAUUUUUUACAUAUUUCUUUUUACAUUCUUAAGAUAUUACAGGAUUCUUCUUGCACUGUAAUUUUAAUGCAUUUUCAUAUCAACACAAGUGCUUCUGAAGGCUGUUUUUUUUUUUUUUUUUUUUUACAAUAGCCUCUUAUUGUGUUAAAUGGCAUAAUAUACGUCCAACUGAUUGGUAUUUAUUACUAAGUCCAACCUAAAACCACGAUCCUACUAGUGAAAAGUGGUACCAUUCUCCAAGGUCAGACACAGAUAUGUACUGAGAUCCCAGCCUUGUUACAACCUUGGUUUCUGAACACAAUGUAUUAUUGCGAAUUAUUGCUCACAAUUGUUUGAUAUUUUAUUUGAAAUGUAAAGUAUUUUGUAAUUAUAAGUAACAUAUGAGAAAUGUUGCAAUGUAGUGGUAGGAGCCUAGACAUUAAAAUCAAAGCAAUGUUGUACUAUCUAGGUAAUUGCCUUUGGUGUCACUUCCCUGUGAAAGCAAAUGUGCCCCCCCCCCCCCCCCCCCAACCCUCACCACCCCCAACCAAACAUAAAAACCAACAACAAGCUAAUUCUCAGUUCUAGGCCUCUACUGGAGGCUCUUGAAUAAUAUUUACUUUCUCGUCUUAACGUGAAUACAGGGUAUAUAGUAUAAAAUAUAUUAUACUAGAAGAUGUCUGCUCACCAAUCUAGCACAGUGAAUUCUGCCCAGUGUUUGCUAAGCUAUCCGUGCGGACAUCUCGCUUGCACUUCGAGUUUACAAGGGUGAGAGCAGCCUGAGGGCCCAGCUCACUAAAUCCUGGAGAUUGCCAGGCUUGUGUGAUCAUGCGUAGACAUAUUUAUUAAUGCUGCUUAUGGAAGCCGUGGAAACCUUUUUUUCUUUUUCUCAUUUUUUAUUAUUAUUAUUAUUAUUAUUAUUAUUAUUUAUCCAGCAUCUUACCUUAUUUAUGAGAUUUAAGAAGGAAAUUGUACUUUUUUGGUAUUUUCUUGUUCUAAAGGUUGUGUUUACCUGUCAUUGUAAAAUAAUACCUAUUUAAUUAGUAUUUUAGAGAGAUGUUAGUUUGUUUUCUCGUACUAAUGGGUAAUGUAACUAGUCCUACUGGAGGCAUGGGAAUGCCCAUCCAACUGUUAUUGUCUAGCCAUGAAUAGGGAGGCUGCACAACGCCCUCUGGAGAACUCUUUGUUCCUUGUAGGUCAUUUUUCUUUGGAAAAAAAAAUGUCUGUUGAAAAAAAAAAUAUCCUGGAAUAAACUUUGUGUUAUAAAAUA